UGGAUGUUGUACACUGAUUUCCCCUGUUUGGUUCCUGAGAAAAUUCCAGAGAGAGAGAGAGAGGCGAAAUAAUGGAGAAGACAACGCAUUCAUCGACGAAGCCAGGUCCAGAGAUUCCCGGUGAGCCGACCAAGAUCACGACCUCCAUGGUUGACACCGCUGCCGCCACCAUCCAAAGCUUUGCUCCUAUUAACCAAAUCCACCAGCAUCUAUGCGCAUUUCAUUUCUACGCGCACGACAUGACGCGGCAAGUGGAGGCGCAUCACUUCUGUGCACACCAGAACGAAGAAAUGAGGCAGUGUCUGAUCUACGACAGCCCCGAAGCCAACGCCCGGCUCAUCGGGAUCGAGUACAUUGUGUCGGAGAAGCUCUUCAUGACACUGCCGGACGAGGAGAAGAAGUUUUGGCACUCUCACGAGUACGAGGUCAAAGGCGGGAUCUUGUUCAUGCCCGGCGUCCCCGGCCCCAUCCAGCGCACCGACCUCGUCAAGGUCGCCAAGACCUAUGGAAAGGUUUUCCAUUUUUGGCAGGUCGAUCUCGGCCACGACCUCCCCCUCGGCUUGCCCAAUCUCAUGAUGGCCGUAACGCGUGACGGCCAACUCUACCCCGAUAUGAUCCAAGAGGUGGAGAAGCGUUUUGGGGUAUCGGUGGAGAAGGAGAAGGAGGCGAGGGCGUACAUGAAGGGGCCGGAACACGGGAUCCAUCCGUUGGCGAAUGGAGGAGGAAAAGGACUUAAAAUCGAGCUUCGAGAGGUUGAGAUCAAGCCGGUCGAGUCCGUCCCCAGGGUCUUCGUGUGAGCCAUCGGUCGGAACCGGACAGCACAGUAGAAUAAAACGUGAACGACGUUAGUGGCAAAACGCUUUUGCUCUUUUUGGUAUGUGUAUUGUGUUUGUAAUCGGAAGGUCCAAACAAAUGCUAUAUGGUCGGGGUUAUGGUUUUUAGCAUAUGCAUCUUUUGUACGUGUUUUUGUUACACUUUUGUAUGGUAUUAGUUAUAGUCCGCUUGACCUUG